AAUUGUGUUGGCACUGAAGAAACAAUACGAAAGGUUGACAACUGCCAUUGUUCGUCUUCUUACGGCAUUAUUCAAAUUUUUGCUCACUCAAGUUGUUGGAAUACGGCGCGCUCUCUGGCAUUUUUGACCCUUGCAAACAUUCUCAGCUAACUCAGACGACAACAAAAUGUUCCGCAUUGUCAGCAGACUGCUCAAACAAAACAUUCAUGGAGAUCGGGAAGUGCAGUGAUACUAACGUGUUUUAGAUACAGACGCCGCAGCUGUCAUUGGAAAUAGUUGCAGGUUGUUCUAACUCAUGUAAAAAACUGGGCAAGAAAGGUUUGAUAUUAACAUAGUCGAUCUUGAGGCGGGUGGAUUGCAAACUGCUUGACUUGCAGGAAGUUAUGGACAAUUGCAUUUCGCAGUCCACCUUUGGACCCAGCACACCAAGUUGCAAUUUAUCGGCGGUGUCACUGGAAUCACCCACUAAAGCAGAGCUAUUUCUUCAUACCAUACACCUGAAGCACUUUAAGGCUGAAGGCUUAGACGAAGGUCUACCAGAAAUGCUCAAGUACGGUGACAUGGCUGUUGUCACUCAGCUAACAUCUAUAUGCUUGAUGAUACGACAGAAGAAACGGUACCCUCCUCUUGAGAAAAUAAACUCCAAGGAACAAUGCAUUCCAGUGAUAUUGGUUGCUUCCAACAUACUAAGAUCCAGCAUGCUCCGGAAACUGGCGCAAACGCGUAGAACAAACUACGCGGAAGAGCAGGCAUGUUUUGGCCGCGAUCGGGUAUUUGUGGAUCAAAUACACACAAUUCAGCUUCUCAAACGUCGUCAUUUCGACUUCCGAACCCCCCGACGUCGAUUUCCUGGACCUACAUACAACCCAGUAGAUCCGCCUGCUUUAUAGCAAGGCCAAGGAAGGAAUUCAGUUCCCGAGGACUAAUUUGCUUUAACUCGGGUAUAUAUAUAUAUCUUUACAUUCUGUUAACGGACAUUAUGCCACUGGAACUAUGUCAGAAGUAAAAAAUUGAGCAAA